GGAAAAGGAAGAGGAGACCAGCAGCUGCCGCCGCUGCUGCACACUGUGAGCGGCUCCUGGUUAUGGGCAGAGCGCCGGGCUCGACCCGCUGACAAGGCCGUCUUGUUGGUGGUAGAAUGCAACUUAGGGAGACCAGAUGCUGAGCGCUGCCUCAUGUAGGUGUCCAGUUCCAUCUGUUUUGCCCUACUAUGAUGGAUGAGUGGAAGCCCAACCCACUAGCCAAUCCACGGAAGAAGCGCAGCUGGUACCUGGCCUGGAAGUACAAGCUGAUGAAUCAGAGGGCUCUGAGGAGGCUCUGUCAGAUGGGGGCUGUUCUCUUUUUGCUAGUGACUGUGAUUGUGAAUAUAAAGCUGAUAUUGGACACUAGAAGAGCAGCCAAUGAAGAGGAGGAAUCUUCUCAGGAUUAUGAUGAAGGCUUGCAGAACCCAGAGAUCCCUCGACGACCUGUCAACAGCAGGAAGGUUCUGGAUAUUGAGGUGUACUCCAGCCGCUCCAAAGUCUACGUGGCAGUGGAUGGGACGACGGUUUUGGAAGAUGAAGCCCGGGAGCAAGGCAGAGGCAUCCACGUGAUUGUGUUGAAUCAGGCUACAGGUCAUGUGAUGGCGAAGAGAGUCUUCGACACCUAUUCGCCACAUGAGGACGAAGCCAUGGUCCUCUUCCUCAACAUGGUAGCUAGAGGCCGCAUUCUUAUCUUCACAAUUAAGGAUGAGGGCUCCUUCCACCUUAAAGACACAGCAAAGAAUCUCCUGAAGAGUUUAGGGAGUCAGAUUGCAGCUUCCCUCAACUGGAGGGACAUGUGGACGUUUGUGGGGAAGAAAGGAGGUGAGGUUUAUGGUGAAAAAUACGCCAAGUCCCCAGUGCUUUCCUCUUGGGGAGAGCCUGUCUUGCUGAAGACUGAAGUCCAGCUAACUUCUGUGGAAGAUGCCGAAUGCCACUGGCCUGACACAGAGCUCAACCGGCGGAGGAAGCGGUUCUGCAGUAAGGUGGAAGGGUAUGGCAGUGUCUGCAGCUGCAAGGACCCCACACCUAUAGAGUUCAAUCCGGACCCACUCAAAGACAACAAAGUUUUUGAUGUGCCUGUUGCUGUCAUUGCAGGAAACAGACCUAACUACCUGUACAGGAUGCUGCGAUCGCUGCUGUCAGCACAAGGAGUCAAUCCUCAGAUGAUAACAGUCUUCAUUGAUGGAUAUUAUGAGGAGCCAAUGGAUGUGGUGGAACUAUUUGGCCUGAAGGGAAUCCAGCACACACCCAUCAGCAUCAAAAAUGCCCGAGUCUCCCAGCACUACAAGGCCAGCUUGACAGCAACAUUCAACUUGCACCCGGAUGCCAAAUUUGCCGUGGUUCUAGAAGAGGACUUGGACAUCUCCAUUGACUUCUUCAGCUUCCUAAGCCAGUCCAUCUAUCUGCUGGAGGAAGACGACAGCUUGUACUGCAUCUCUGCCUGGAAUGACCAGGGAUAUGAGCACACAGCGGAGGACCCCUCACUCUUGUACCGUGUGGAGACCAUGCCUGGGCUGGGCUGGGUGUUGAGGAAGACUCUCUACAAGGAUGAGUUGGAGCCCAAAUGGCCAACACCAGAGAAGCUCUGGGACUGGGACAUGUGGAUGCGGAUGCCAGAGCAGCGGAAAGGCCGCGAAUGCCUCAUUCCGGACGUGUCGCGCUCCUACCAUUUUGGCAUCGUUGGCCUCAACAUGAAUGGCUACUUCCAUGAAGCCUAUUUCAAAAAGCACAAGUUCAACACUGUCCCCAGCGUCCAAAUAAAAAAUGUGGAGAGCUUAAGGAAAGAUGCAUAUGAAAUUGAAAUCCACCGGCUGCUCAGUGAAGCAGAAGUUCUGGAUCACAGCAAGAACCCCUGUGAGGAUUCCUUUGUACCCGACACCGAAGGGAAGAUCUAUGUUAUGUACAUUAAGAUGGAGCAGGAGGCAGAUUUCACCACCUGGACUCAGCUUGCAAAGUGCCUCCACAUCUGGGAUCUGGAUGUCCGUGGGAACCAUAAAGGACUGUGGCGCCUCUUCCGGAAGAAGAACCACUUCCUGGUAGUGGGAGUGCCUGCCUCUCCUUAUUCAUCCAAGAAACCCUCCUCAGUGACCCCCAUUUACAUGGAGCCCCAAGCCAAGGAUGAAGCGGUGGGAGCCGUGGGAGCAGGAGCAGAGCAAACUUGAAGCAGGGCUGGGGAUUGUUGUCCGUGUUGCCUUCACAGCCUGCUGGGAAAAGGGGCUCAAGACGCCAUGGAGCUUCGUGGGAGAUUUGUGUGCCGCUUUCUCUGAAGGACUUGGGAAGGGGGCAAAGACAAAGGGGGGACGGCUCCCCACUGCCCCAAGGCAGCUGCUGAGUGUGCAUACAUUGCACUGGGAAGGCAGGAGCAGGAGCCUUUAAUAUUUUUCUAAGCCACUGCAACAAUACAAUUUUGCGGGGUGGGGAGGGGGUUGGUCGGUCCCAUUUUUAACACUGAUGCUUUACUAACGGUGGCCACCCUCUCCCCCAAAUUGUGGGUCAGGCCAGAGGGAGCUGUUUGGAAAGGUGAUUGGUUCCCUUUUUAGGGAGCUCUUCUCAGACCACUACUUCAGGAUAUAUACAUUUGUUGUUGUUAUUUAUUAACUCUGUGUGUUGGUCAACAUCCUUCAAAAGGCAGCUGUCCUGCUUAUGUUUCUGGUGGUUUCCAGUUUAGGGGGGGAUUGUGAUGGGACUCUUAAGCCCUGGAAAGCAUGUGGAGCCAUUCAUUCUCCAGGCAGAGGAACCAUCCUGCACAUGGCUUGGAUUGAAGGCUACAGAGCAGACAGUUCGCCUGAAUUUGGAGAAUGGUUUUUGUGCCGGAGGAUGGAGAAAUAGGCCUUCAUGGCCUUCAUCGUCGGGACUUAAGGACACAAACCACAAAUGGAACUGCAAGUAUCGGUACUGCGGGCAACCCAACCUGGAUGCUCAGGCCCAGAAUUCCUUUCCUCCUGUCUCUGCUCCCAGUGGAUUGUGAUGCAAGAAGGGAAACAUCAAAGUUUAUCUACCUAGCAAGUUCUCCUGGCUCUAACUGAGGCACCUCUUCUUGACUGAAAUGCUCAAUAAGAGCCAGACUGGCAACAACAGGUAGAGGCCCAAGGCUGCGAGGCUUGGUGGAGUUGCUCUUCUGUACAAUACCCACAGAAAAGAGCCAAGAAGUGGUGAAGGUGUGUGUGUGUGUGUACAAAAAGUGCCUUGAGGGAGUAUGUGCUGGCCUAGAAAGCCUGCUCAGAAAGGGAGAGUUGAAGUGAAUGGAUCAAGCCGAACCUCAGUUAUGUUUGCUCCAUUGGAACAAAGCUUCUGUGAGCUCAAAGAUCCAAAUGCAGGAACACUUGUUAGUCUGCAGUGUGGAUGACCUGUGGCAAUGGCCACCGUUAGUACCGCUAAGCAAGGUCAAGCUCAUUCCUGUCCUCCAUCCUGUGGAGCUGAUAGGCUUUGUGUCCUACCCUGCUCAGUUCAAGCCAGUCUUGCUCUUUUUGAGGCCUGGGUUGCUGAAGCACGUUGCUUGCAAAGGAGGAGCUCAUAGGACCUCAAGGAAGUUCUGAAGAGGCUUCUUGGGGAAGUAGGUUCUUCUGGAGUCUGUGUUGGCUGGGCAGAGGUGACGGGGAAGGGAAAGGGCAGAAAUUCAGGGACAAAGAGGAAAUAGUGGUUUUCCUCUUCCACAUCUGGUGCCUUAUGAGGUGAGCAAAGUCCUUGGGGUCUAGAAUGUAACUUUCUGUACAAUGAUUCAGUGAACAGCUAAAGGAAAGGGAGCACCACCUACGAGCAGAUGGCCAGGUUCUAGUUUAAUGUAAUCCUUUCCCUUCCA